GAUUAUUAUCAUUCAUAUUCUUUGCUGCAGUUCGUAUUCGACUUUUGUGGAAAAAAAAACUUUUAAUGAAGGCUAAUUUAUACGUAAAAUGACAUAAUACUUGCUUUUAAAAUCUAGAUAAAGCAAAUAUUGCUCUUUCUAAAGCCACAGGCAGCCCACAGUACACACUUGCAAAUGAAGUGCGCAUGAUCAAAGUUAGAAACAAAAUGGCGGUUUAGAUGAAUGUUUGUUGACAACGAAAUGUGAAGUUUUCGUCCUAUGCGAAUAACCUCAUCCAACCUGUUUGUUUUUCCCUAAUAUACUUCGUUGGAUUUUUCUUUAAAGACUUGGCAUGAAUUUAGGAACAUCCACGAUUGUGCGACGAAUAUGGGAGAAUAGAGCCAAAUAAAGAGCUUGUUUAUACUUACAGUUUAUAAAAGUUCUCUCACAUAAAAUUAUGGAACAAUAUGGACAGUAUACUAUACUCGGACGAAUCGGUGAAGGUGCACACGGAAUUGUCUUCAAAGCCAAGCAUAUUGAGAGUGGAGAAAUUGUAGCACUUAAAAAGGUCCCUCUGAGACGACUGGAGGAUGGCAUUCCUAAUACAGCUCUCAGGGAGAUAAAAUCUCUACAGGAAAAUGAAGAAAACCCCUAUGUUGUCAAGUUGAUUGAUGUCUUCCCACAUGGAACAGGCUUUGUAUUAGUUUUUGAAUAUAUGUGGUCUGACUUAUCUGAAGUUCUGCGCAAUUCAGAAAGACCGCUUACAGAGGCUCAGAUUAAGGGAUAUUUGUUGAUGUUGCUGAAAGGUGUUGCAUACUGUCACAACAAAGGAAUUAUGCAUAGGGAUCUAAAGCCGGCUAAUCUGUUGAUCAGCUCAACUGGCCACCUAAAGAUUGCAGACUUUGGCUUGGCCCGUGUGUUUUCUAAUGAAGGGGAGAGGCAGUAUAGUCACCAAGUUGCCACGAGGUGGUACAGAGCACCAGAGCUACUAUAUGGUGCCAGGAAAUACGAUGAAGGGGUUGACCUGUGGGCAGUUGGGUGCAUUUUUGGUGAACUUUUGAAUAACUCUCCCUUAUUUCCGGGUGAAAAUGACAUAGAGCAGUUGUGCUGUGUUCUGAAAACACUUGGGACUCCAAAUGAAGAGAUAUGGCCUGGCAUGACAGACCUCCCAGAUUAUAACAAGAUAACAUUCCCAGACAUGCCAGCUAUACCACUUGAGAAGAUUGUUCCGGAUGCCUCACCUGAGGCCAUGGACUUACUAAAAAGGUUCCUUGUCUACCCUUCGAAAAAGCGAAUUCCAGCGUCAGAGGCACUUCUGCAUCCGUAUUUCUUCAUGGAGCCCCUUCCAGCACAUCAUUCAGAGCUACCUAUUCCCUCCCGUAACAGCAGGAAGGCCUCUCUUCGGGCGUCACACGGCAAGCGGUUUGACAUCAGUACCAAGCUGGAGAAGUCGCUAGUCAACCCAGCACGACUUUUUCAUCAUAAUUUGAAUUUUCAGUAAUAAAAUUAUUUGUCCUAUUUCUAGGAUAUGUUUGCUUUCUAUCAAUUGAAAGUAUGCAGAGGUCGUGAGAGGUUUGACAUGUUCUUUGAAUUAUAAAGAAAUAAAGAUAUUCAUUGAUUUUAUUACAGGGUAUUGAAGGGUCAACCUUCCUUCUUUUACUCUUUUUCUUUGCCUCUUACAGUUUUAUCCCCGUUAACAUGCUUUGGCUCUUCUAUAGUAUGUAAUGUAUAUAGUUCAGUUUACAAAUAAAGAAUUGAUUGAUGCAUGAAA